AUGGCAGACCUCAAGGUCGAUCUCACCGCUCCCAACGGCAGGAAGAUCACUCUGCCAACUGGACUCUUCAUCAACAACGAGUUUGUCAAGUCCAGCUCGGGAGAGAAAAUCACCAGCAUCAAUCCCUCAGACGAGUCGGAAAUCUGCUCCGUCGAAGCAGCCUCCGCAGACGACAUUGACAAAGCCGUUAAAGCGGCUCGAGCGGCAUUCAACGAUCCAUCAUGGCGCGAUCUGCCGGCUACAGACCGAGGAGCGCUGAUGUACAAGUUUGCGGAUCUGCUGGAAGCCAACAAGGAAACCCUAGCCACUCUCGAGACAUGGGACAACGGCAAACCGUACAGCGUAGCCCUCAACGAAGACUUGGGCGAAGUGGUCGGCACAAUCCGCUACUACGCCGGAUGGGCCGACAAGAUCCACGGCGAAACCAUCCCGACCAACCCGCAGAAAUUCGCAUAUACUCUCAAACAACCCAUCGGGGUAUGUGCGCAGAUCAUCCCCUGGAACUACCCGCUUGCCAUGGCGGCAUGGAAACUAGGACCAGCUCUUGCAUGCGGCAACACGGUGGUCCUGAAACCGGCCGAACAGACCCCUCUGUCCAUUUUGUACUUGGCCAAAUUGAUUCCCGAGGUGUUUCCUCCGGGCGUGGUCAACAUUGUGAAUGGCUACGGUCGGGAAGCCGGCCAGGCCUUAGCCACGCAUUUGGACGUGGACAAGAUCGCUUUCACGGGCAGCACCAUCACGGGCAAACACAUCAUGAAAGCGGCCGCCGUCAACAUGAAGAACAUCACGCUCGAGACCGGAGGCAAAUCCCCAUUGUUGGUUUUCGACGACGCCGACCUCGAGCAGGCCGCCAAAUGGGCCCAUAUCGGCAUCAUGUCGAACCAAGGCCAAAUCUGCACGGCCACCUCGCGCGUCAUUGUGCAAGAGGGAAUCUACGACAAAUUUGUCGAACUGUUCAAAAAAGUCGUCCGCGAGACUUCAAAAGUCGGCGACCCGUUUUCAGACGACACGUUCCAAGGACCGCAAGUCACAAAGGCCCAAUACGAGCGUGUGUUGAGUUAUAUUGAAAGCGGCAAGGAAGAAGGAGCCACACUCGCGUCCGGCGGUGUGCCCUACAAGAAUGUCGGCGGCGGUAAAGGCUUUUUCAUCGAACCUACCGUCUUUACAAACGUCAAAGAUAACAUGAAGAUCUACCGCGAGGAGAUCUUUGGUCCUUUUGUCGUAGUGGCUUCGUUCAAGACUGAGGAGGAUGCUAUUCGCAUGGCAAACGACACUACCUAUGGUCUGGGCAGUGCCGUGUUUACCACUGAUAUCGAGCGCGCCCAUCGUGUCGCCGCCCGCAUCGAGGCCGGCAUGGUCUGGAUCAACAGCUCGAAUGACUCGGACUUCCGUGUUCCUUUUGGUGGUGUCAAGCAGAGCGGCAUUGGCCGUGAGUUGGGUGAGGCCGGUCUGGCUGCGUAUACGCAGACAAAGUCUGUCCAUGUCAACUUGGGGUUGAAGUUGUAA